UAAGUGCGCGUGAUAUAGUUCAUGUAUAAAAUUAUUUAAUAAUGCUUUGAAACUUUGAAACUUCGCAGAAACAUUGUUUAGAUACGCUUUUCAAUCAAAUAUGAUAACAAAUGAAUAUGAAAAAAGGUUUGUCAUGAAUGCUUAAAAAACAGUUGAGGUUCGAUUUUCUGAGAGUGAGAAGUAAUAUUGAACUACCAAGAUGUCAGCCUCCAUGGUGAGGCAAGUGUCUCAGGAAUUAAGUAGAAGUCUGUUUUCUUCCUCUAAAGGUUUGCCUGCAACUUCAGUAAGAUACAGGUCCAAAGGUGGAAGGUCGAAGAACCUGGGAGGCAAAAGGAACACAGUAGGAAAGGCCUAUGGCGUAAAGAGAAAUGAUGGCGACUUUGUUCACAAAGGAGAAAUACUGGUCAAUCAGCAUGGACUGAGGUUCUACCCAGGAGAAAAUGUGGAUACAGACAAGACAAAUCGCCUGAUUGCUUUAACAGAUGGAACAGUGAUUGUGACAUGUGAGAAGCUCAAUCCCUACCCAGACAGCCCUCUCUAUGGUGCAAUUCAGAAUGGACUAGACAUUUACAAAAAAUUCUUUCAUGUUAUACCAAUACCAUUAAAGGCAAAGUUCAAACUUGUGUCACAAACAUAGUUAUCAUUACUCGGCUCUUUUGAAUACAUGUGUGCGUUAAUGUUUACAAGAAACUGUUGUGAUAUUUUGAAGAUAAUAAAGCCAUUAUUACACA